AUGUUAGCUGCGAAUGAAGAAGGCCCGGCAAUGCCGGGAAUAUUCGAUGUUCUCCGUUAUUUGGAGAACGAACCUGUAAUGCAACACACAUUACAGGAAUUUAUUAAUAUGACGCAGCACCUGAAUGCCCGCUUGACUGAGGCAGAAAGAAGACUGGCGGAAUAUGAAGGGCAAAAUGCCCAACAAGAAAUGGAAGUAGAAAAAAUGGAGGAGGGGCCGGCACCUCAGGAGCCGGGAUUCAAUAUAGAGGAAGCAGAGUGGGCACCUCUGCCGGAGAGUGAUGAUGAAGCCGAAUGGCUAGCAGAGGCAGAGUGGGCUCCUCUGCCCGAAGACAGCGAGGAAAAUCCUGAGGUGUCGGUGGCACCGGUGGAAUCAAGUGGUGAUAACGAACCGGAAGAAACAGUCCGAGAGAUCGUCCUGAGAUCAAGGACGAUUAAGGUCCCGGUUCCAGCCACAAAUACAACGUUGGCUGCGGCGACACCGGAAGCAUUCCGUCCCGCAGAUCUAGGGGACCUUCCGGAACAGCUCCGGAGAGAGCUGGAAAUGCCGCAGGCAGAGCAGUACACGGUGCUUCGAGCGGAGGGAACUAUCAGCAUCGUGUGCGGCAUCUGCAACAGGCAGUUUGACACGCUGAAAGGGUGGCGCAUCCAUGCUUCGAGGAUGCAUAAGCAGAAUGGUUUCUGCGCCCGUUGUGGGCAUUAUCUUCUGCUGCCACCCGACUUUACGGCUGAGCAGAAGACUGCAGCCAUGGAACUGCAUGCCCUUGACUGGUGCCCAAGGGCAUGCGCAGCGGUAAUGAAAGAACGACAGGUGAAACGCCGCCGUUUGAAUCUUGUGGGGAGAGAAGAGGACACCCACCACCUCUUCGUUCCAGGCCAAUAA